AUGAAGCUGUUUGCUAUCAUUGUGACAACUAUCAUCAUCUCAAUAAUAUUUGACCAACCACCCAUCACCACUGAAGCAAGAAAGUUGAUCGGCCAAGAUCAUGUCAAAGCUAUAUCUAUGGGUCAGUUAGCACCUGCUUCUCCAGGAAACAAACCUGGCAUAGGACAUAAAAAAGGUAAUGCAAAUUUUGAAGGUUUUCAAGGUGACUUCAAACCCACGGAAGGAAGAAAGUUGCAUAAAAUUAACGGUAAAGAUACUUUCAAAACCGGGGUUACAGACGAUUUUGCACCCACUGCUCCAGGAAACAGUCCAGGGGUGGGGCAUAGGAGAGCGCAUGUAAAUGUUAAAGGGUUUAAAGAUGACUUCAACCCCACGGAAGGGAAUAUGUUUGAGAAAAUGAACGGUCAUGAAUAUCAUUUCAAAACAGGAACUACGGAUGACUUCGCACCUACUUUUCCGGGAAACAGUCCUGGUAUGGGUCAUAAGAAAGGAGAUGACUUCAAGCCUACGACACCAGGACACAGCCCUGGAAUUGGUCAUGCUGUCAAGAACGAUGAGCCUAGAGCUUAG